AUCACCAGCUUCGUAGACGCGGAUACGAACACAAGUAGAGCAGUGUCCACCGAAAAGGGUAAAGAAUUGGAAGCAAGUAAAGUUAGUGUUCGUUGAGCUGUUGCAUAGAUAUUGCUCAGAAGAUAGUUUUCAUUGCGACAAGCUUUCGAUUUCGUUGCCGCGACGUGUAGUUUUUGGUUUGUAUGUCAUAAUUAAUAAUCACAAUGAUCUAAGCGCAAAAGGAUUUUAGCAGAUAAGAUAAUCCGAUGAAGAUAGAGACAAUGUUGUAUCGCGUUCGCGAGUUUCGCUCUUUAGUAUAAGAACUAGGAAUUCGAUUCAAAAGUGAAAUCAGUGCAGCUAUCUAAAGCUAUAUCUUUGCAAGUCUAGAAGAUAGGGCAGCGAGUUCAGUGACCACCGAAAAGAACCAGGAAACUCGAAAGCAGAUUCUUCCUUCGUUUUGCACAACGCUUCUAUGCCAGACGCAAACUGAUGAACACACCUGCCAGUCACAGCUACUGAUGUAGGGAGAGGCGUUUGCCAUUUGCUGGCGAUUGCGGAAUUCGCUUAUUUUGCUCUCGAGCUGUUUUAGAAGAAAAAAAUGUUCUGAGUCCGACGCUGAGGAGUUUGAUUCAAGGUUGACUACCACGAGCGACUGAUGGGAAAAUGCUCAAUAAAAAAUCGGUGAUGCUUCUAGGAAAAAAAGAAAAGCCAAAGGUAGAACCGGAAAAUAAUGAAUGAGGACGAUCCGGUAAACAAGCGGCUCCUGCUAGAGCGUGCCAAUGAAGAACGCGAGGCAAUUUUCAUGCGAUACGAUCGAGGUAGGAAGAAUGUUGAUGUCGACGCCUGGGACGAUCCGGCAUUUGAGAUAUACACUCAAGCCGAUCGGUAUGGGUUUCUGCACCCAGAAAAAGACGACCUGGUGCGGGAUGAUCUGGAUGCGGGACGGCGCAAGCAGAUUGAGAUGGAACGGUCUAAAAAAUGGCUCAAAAUGUUAAAGAACUGGAACAGCGCAGACACGAAGGAGCGUCUGCAGCGAAGAGUGCUGAAAGGGAUACCGGAUAGGCUGCGUGCUGCUAUCUGGAGAAAGUUGUUAAACAUACAACAAGCGUUAGACGAAAAUCCGGGUGUUUAUGAUAAAAUGCUCAAAUUUGCUCGUUUGUAUAGUCCUGAUAUACGACAAAUUGAUAUGGACGUAAAUAGACAAUUUCGAAAUCAUAUCAACUAUCGCGAGCGGUAUAGUGUAAAGCAGCAAAGUUUACUGAAAGUUCUGGCGGCUUAUAGCAUGUACAACAUGGAAGUGGGCUACUGCCAGGGUAUGUCGACGGUGGCUGGUGUUUUACUGAUGUACUUUGAUGAAGAGGAUACAUUCUGGGCACUGAACGCACUUCUCUCGAACGAACGCUAUGCCAUGCACGGGUUGUACGUGGAAGGUUUUCCUAAACUGAUGCGGUUCUUGCAGCACCAUGACAAGAUUUUAACAAAGUGUAUGCCCAAAGUAAAGAAGCAUUUAGAUAAACAUGGAGUGGAUUCCGUAUUGUACUCAUUGAAGUGGUUUUUUGUUAUUUUCAUUGAGAGGAUACCAUUUAGCCUCUGUUUGCGAGUAUGGGAUAUAUACAUGCUGUUCGGUGAGCGAGUCCUGACGGCGAUGGCCUACACCAUCUUAAAAAUCAACCGUGGAAAGUUGUUGCGAAUGAAGGACAUGGAUCAAAUAACAGAAUUCCUACAAAUAACAUUGUACAAACAGUUUGGAUACGAUGAUGAUACUGUGAUAAAGACUCUCCAGCUGGCGAUGUACGAACUCAAAAAACUAAACCUGGACAAACUACCGCCAGCACCGCCAACCGAAUCGCCAAAAUAUCCAUUCGGACAAUUUAUCGAACCCAGUUUGGAAACGAAGAUUGGUCAUCGAAAUGAAAAGUUUACCGAAAAGGAAACGGAAUUAAGACAGACCGUACUGUACAGAAGUGAAUCGAAAAAUGAAGACGACGAAGAAGAGAACGAUAGCCGGCAUGAGGAAAACGACGAGGAUGACCGCACCGAGCGGGAUUGCGAUGAUAUUACCGAGGACACGAUAAGUAACCUGCACACAGAUAACGAUGAUGGCAGUAUAACGAAGAACUCGCUCACUGGAACGUCGGUCACAUCAACAAACGACAUCAGUAUAACUUCUUACGAACGCACCUGUGAUAUUUUCCGAAUGCCACAGAAUGGAAGCACCGCACUGCUUGGUCUCAGAGGAAAUGUAUUAGAUGACAGUAUUAGUGUCGCAUCGACACACAUGGUCCGGGACCGAGAUAAUCCAGUUACAGCCUGUAGCGACGAUAUGGUGAUCCCGAAUGGUUUCACCACCAUUGAUGGAGUAAUUGAAGACGAAGAUGACGAUGAAGUCACAGAGAAGCAGAUCUCGGUGUAAAUUAUAGCGAAAAAACUUGCGCAAACAAAUGGUUUCUUUCGAGAAUCAGCCGUCCAAUGGAGAACCAUCACUGCCAAAAUAGAAGCCUCAUUUUGAAAGACUCAAUUGCCAUCCUAAGCAUGAGCAAUUCAUCUCUAUAUUCAACAGUAACAGCAAUAAACGGAUGAUAACAUGUUCAUUAAAAAUUACUUUUGGUAUGACAAUAUUGUAUUUCAUUCUUGGUUUUUAAUAAAACACAUCACAGUGACUGUGAAUCAAAA